CAGACAUCUACACUCACACACACACCUUUCCAUUUCUCGACAUUGGUGGUUUUAGGAUGUAAACACUCCCCACCUGCUUUCCUAAAAGCUCAGUGUGGGGUGAUGCUCAAUUCGGAAGGUAUGAAGACCCCUUUGAGCCCCACCCAGCUGAUAGAAAACGGACAGCUGUGCUUUGCCAUCCCUGGCUGUGUGGAGGUAAAGGAGCCCACUAAUGCCAACGUAGACAUGCAGCUGCAGCAGGAGAAGAAGAAGCUGCUUUACUCGCUGUGUGAUGUCUGUAACAUCCAGCUGCACUCCGCCGCUCAGGCCCAGGUCCACUACAACGGCAAGUCUCACCUCAAGAGGGUCAAGCAGUUGAAUAAUGGAGAGGUGCCCAAAGCAAGCGCUAGCUUGGCUCCCACUUCUCUGCAGUCUCUCAGCAGCAGCAGCAGUCAAGGAAGUUCCUGUCACAGCAACACACUCCCCACACUGGUCCGGACUCCGUCUCUAAUGAUGCAGUCCGGUCUGGACAUGAAGCCUUUCAUGACCUUCCCCGUGGAGAGCUCCUCUCCGGUCGGCCUGUUCCCUAAUUUCAAUACGAUGGACCCCGUCCAGAAAGCAGUAAUCAACCACACAUUUGGAGUCUCCAUUCCUCCCAAGAAAAAGCAAGUUAUUUCUUGCAACAUCUGUCAGCUCCGCUUUAAUUCAGAUAGCCAAGCCGAGGCGCACUACAAAGGCAGUAAACAUGCCAAGAAGCUCAAAGCACAGGAGUCACCGAAAAAUAAGCAGAAAAGUGCAGUCGCCCAGGACAGCGGCACUAAGACAAUCACCAGCACCUCCACCAACACCACCACCACCACCACCACCUCCUCCUGCACUGCAGUCACUGCCAGCUGCUCUGACCAAACAGAGAAAAGUACAGAGCCGUUGGCUGCGCACAAAGUCCCAGCCUCCCCGCAAGCUUUUGUGCCAGCUCCUGUUGCGCCCGCGGUGGCAUUAGUGCCCAGCCCUUGCAAGACAGCACCCGUGCAUGCCAGCCCACCCACCGAGCCGACAGGACUCGCAGUGGCCCUGAAGAACACCUCCAAACCAGCAGCGUUGCCAACGGCCCCGUCAGAGCCCAGCGUGGAGUCCGAGGAGGAGAAAGCCAAAAAGCUCCUGUACUGUUCGUUGUGCAAAGUGGCUGUCAACUCCCUCUCUCAGCUGGAGGCCCACAACACAGGUUCAAAGCACAAAACCAUGCUGGAGGCACGAAAUGGAGCAGGUCCCAUUAAAGCGUACCCCAGACCCGGGUCCAAACUCAAAGUUCAGGCCACACAGCUGAACAAAGGCUCAGGCUUACAGAACAAGACGUUUCAUUGCGAAAUCUGUGAUGUCCACGUCAACUCAGAAAUCCAGCUUAAACAGCACAUCUCCAGCAGGCGGCACAAGGACAGAGUGGCAGGCAAACCCACCAAACCCAAAUACAGCCCAUACAACAAACAGCAGCGCAGCUCCAGCUCUCUGGCAGCCAAACUCGCCCUGCAGAAUGACUUGGUGAAGCCCAUUUCACCAGCCUUCCUCCCGUCACCCUUCUCUACGACCACAGUCCCGUCCAUCUCUCUCCACCCUCGCCCCAACACCUCCAUCUUCCAGACGGCUUCACUUCCGCACUCGUUUCUCCGUGCCGCUCCCGGACCCAUUCGACCCACUACCGGCUCCAUCCUCUUUGCGCCUUACUGAGCGGCUGGAUAUUGAAACAGUGGUGUAUUUAUUGAAACUUUAUCCUCAACUGUCCUCACCAUCACGAAAACCCAAUAAGGAUAUCGUCUUCGUGAGGACUUUUGCAUUUAAAAAUUAAAAAAAAAAAAA